AUGGCGUCGGGCGCUCUGCGGUUCCGAACGCCACAUAUCGAAGAACUCCCCUCCGCGCACACGAGACAGGCGCCUGGAUUUGCGUGGGUGGCGGUCUCUGCUGGGCCCGCCGCGGCGGCGGAUCCUGCGAAGACCUGGGGCACGUUGCAUAAGAAGCGGCCGAGGACUACGGGGGGAGGGCAGACGGACGGCCAGAAGGAGGCGCUGUCGGCACGACGGCAGAGGGAGGCCGAGCGGAAGGUGAAAGAGUUGAACAGUGAUCCGGGACGAGAUGCGCACGUUGCGAUUCCCAAGAAGGAGGGCGGAAGCGGUGGCGGUGGUGGAGGAGUCGUGAGAGCGGGUAAGACGCCCAAUACGAAGAAGAUUCUGGCUAGUGGGAAGACAUUUGCACAUUACCUGGACGACGAAGAGGCGGAGAUUGCGAGGACGGGGAGGCGAGAGGUGGAUAUGGAACCGGUGCCGGUGUCAGUGCAGAGAGCGAGUAAGACUCCGAUUGCAAGACGAAAGUCUUCCCAGCUUCAGCGGGAGGAGGGCAGUGUGAGCGGGAGCCCUGCUCCUUCUGCUGUACCUCUGCCGCAACAGCCCGCAUCGAUACCUGGCGACGACACAAUGGAUGUGGAUGUGGAUGCCGAUGCCGAUGACAGUUCAACACCACUCCCACCCUUACCGACGCCAGCUGAGAUGGAAGCCCUACUGAACGCUCCACCCCUCACAUACAACCAAGCACGAGCCGGACCUCCUCCGCCCGGCGCGCCGCCUGCACGCAAGUUCUGCGAGAUCUGCGGCUACUGGGGCCGCGUGAAGUGCAUGAAAUGCGGCAACAUGACCUGCAGCGUCCUCUGCAAGGAUGCACACGACGAGAACAAGUGUUUGAAGUUCUACGCGUGA